AUGGCGCCCGGUGCUGGAGCGUCCUCGAUCUCGGUCACUGUUCGUGUCCGUCCCUUCACAAUCAGAGAAGCUGCCCAACUAUCACGGACAGAUGAUAGCACAGUAUUUCUCGGCGAUGGCUCGCUCGCCGCCGCCCCUAAACUCCACCAAAGAGGAUUACGAUCCGUGAUCAAGGUCGUGGACGACCGGUGCCUCGUAUUCGACCCUCCCGAAGAUAACCCAGUCCAAAAGUUUUCACGAUCCGUCGUGCCCAUGGGCAAAAAGGUCAAGGACCAGGUUUUCGCCUUUGACCGCAUCUUUGACGACAACGUCUCCCAGACCGAAGUGUACGAAGGCACGACAAAGGGCCUGCUCGACAGCGUGCUCGACGGAUACAAUGCCACCCGACGAAAAGGUCACCGAGGUGUCGCUGUCCUACUUGAAAUCUACAACGAGACCAUUCGCGAUCUGCUCGUGCCCGGCGGGAGCAAGCAGGGGCUCAUCCUCCGCGAGGACCUCAACCACGCCGUCACCGUCGCCGGCCUGACGAGUCACCACCCCAAGGACGUCCAGGAGGUCAUGGACAUGAUUGUCCAGGGCAACGAGUAUCGAACCGUCUCGCCCACCGAGGCCAACGCCACCUCGUCCCGCUCCCACGCCGUGCUCCAGAUCAACGUUGCCCAGCGGGACCGCAACGCCGACAUUAGCGAGCCCCACACCAUGGCCACGCUCAGCAUCAUCGAUCUCGCGGGCUCCGAGCGCGCCUCGGCCACCAAGAACCGCGGCGAGCGCCUGAUGGAGGGUGCCAACAUCAACAACAAGCUCACCCGUCUUCUCAAGUUCUCGCUCGGCGGCAACUGCAAAACCGUGAUGAUUGUGUGCGUGAGCCCGAGCAGCGCUCACUUUGACGAGACGCAAAACACGCUGCGCUACGCCAACCGCGCCAAGAACAUCCAGACCAAAGUCACCCGCAACGUGUUCAACGUCAACCGCCACGUCAAGGACUUCCUCGUCAAGAUUGACGAGCAAAUGGCCCUCAUCAACGAGCUCAAGGCGCAGCAAAAGGACGCGGAAAAGACCUUCUUCGCCAAGUUCCGCAAGCAAAACGAGAAGAAGGACGCCGCCGCGCGCGAGGGCGUGCAGAGGCUGCGGGCGGCGUACGAGAAUGCGCAGCAGCAGCGCCAGGAAAAGGUGGCCAGCCUGAAACGGCUCAAGGCGUUUGAGCGGCGCAUCAGCCUGCUCGAGGCCUGGCUGUCGUCGUUUGACGCCGUGUGCGAGUCCCGCGGCGCCUCGGAAGAGGACAUGCCCGGAUCGUUGCGCGCCAUCCAAAAGACGGCCAACGGCAUCCUGGCCGAGCUGCAGACGAGCCGCCACCACCUCCACCAGAAGCUGGAGUCCUCCAACUGGGAGCGCGCGCUGGACACGGCCCUGCAGCACAGCAUCCGCUUGCUCUCGGACGGCGCGGAUGGCUCCGCGGACGGCAGCUCGCAGGUGGCGGUCCUGCAGCGCGAGGCGGAGAUGCUCAAGACCACGUUUUCCAAGGAAAUGUACCGCGAGGUCCUGGAGCAGGAAAAGGGCGCCGACAAGGGCACGAUGGAGGUGCUCCUGACGGCGCAGCUGGAAAUCAUCUCGUCCAUGUCGGACACGCUGUCCAUGAGCCCCGCGGACGCCGUGACCCACGCCAAGGCCAUUAUCCACAAGAUGCUCGAGUCGGGCGUCGCCGCGGCCAACUACGCCGUCCGGCCCGACAGCGCGCCGCCCAAGAUUGAGCUGUAUGCGCCGAGUAAGCGCGGGACGCCCAAGAAGAAGCGGCCCGCCGCGCGAGACGUGUCCGCCGCCGAGGAACAGCCGCCGGCCUUUCUUGGCCCUCCGAGUAGUAGCACCAGCAUCAACGGCAUCAGCGGCAUCGACCUCGCGGCGGCGACCCAGCUCCCCUCUCCCCAUCAAGGGCUCGCCCAAGCGACGGAAAGCGCCCGUCGCGGCGCGCAAGCCCCUCACCUUCACCCCGAAGAAAAAGUCCCCUCCAAGCGCUCCGUGCGCUGGCGCGACGACGAAGAGGACGGCACGCUCGUCGAGUUCCAGAGGACGCCUCAGCCCUACGAGUCCACGCCCGAAGUCGACUCCCCGCGGCAGCCGGCGGCCUCCCGUCCGUCCGGCACGCGCCUCCUCGCCCAUCGCCUUCCGCCCACAGCCCCCGCCGGCGCCGCCGCACCGCUCGCAGCGCCGCCCUUGCCGCCGCCAGCGGCCGCCCUCUCGCAUCGCGAGCCCGCCCGUCGCCCGCCGCUCCCUCGACGAAAACCACCCCCUACCGAGCACACCAGCAGCGGCGGCGGCAACGGCGGCCACCACUCGUCCGGAUCAGACUCCGAGUCCCCUUCCAACCUUGACGCCCGCAAAAUUGCGUCUGCCAUGCACUCUGCCAAGCGCCACUCCGUCUCCGCCCGCCGGCUCUCGUCCCUCUCGGGUUCCAUUGCCCCGUCGGCUGCUAAGCGGGGCGUCCUCACCGCAGACCACCACCACCACCGCGCCUCCUCGGCGUCGGCCACCGUCCGUCGCUCUCGCUCCCUUCCGUCUCUUCUAAUGGCAUCUCCCGGCACCGGCGCAAUAGCGGCGACCGCCGCAAGAGCCCGCCCAUCACUUGCUCCCCGCCUGAAAACCGCACCUCUGCCUCCCGCGCCUUCACCGCUGGCCAGGCGCGCCGGAUGA